AUGCCGCCCACGGUGCACACAAAUGAAUCUGAACGGGACAAACGUCCGCAACGGACGGGCGAAAGGAGGUCGGAAUUGGUAACACGCGUAAAGUUCUGUAACACAUUGCCAGACAUACCAUUUGAUUUAAAAUUCAUCACUUAUCCUUUCCCGUCGACUCGAUUUAUACAAUACAAUCCGACGUCUUUGGAGAAGAGCUACAGAUAUGAAGUCCUUACAGAACAUGAUUUGGGGGUACACAUUGAUCUUAUAAACCGUGAUAUAUAUCAGGGAGACGGCAACGCAUUUUUGGAUCCCGCAGAUGAAAAGCUUCUCGAAGAUGACGUUCUUACACCACAAGAUUCCAAAAGAUCACGACAUCAUGCCAAAAAUGUGUCUUGGUUACGUCGCUCCGAGUAUAUCUCUACAGAACAAACUAGGUUUCAACCUCAGUCUAUGGAGAAGGUUGAAGCUAAAGUUGGUUACAAUGUCAAGAAAAUCUUUAGUGAAGAGACUCUUUAUAUGGACCGUGAGAGUCAAAUUAAGGCUAUUGAAAAGACUUUUGAGGACAACAAGAAGGUUUUGGAUAAACACUACAGCAAACCUGGUGUCACUCCAGUGGAAGUGAUGCCAGUAUUCCCUGACUUCGAGAUGUGGAAAUAUCCAUGUGCUCAAGUCAUAUUUGACUCAGACCCUGCACCUGCUGAUAAGAAUAUUGCUGGACAGAUGGAGGCUAUGUCACAAGCUAUGAUUCGAGGUGUGAUGGACGAAAGUGGAGAACAAUUUGUAGCAUAUUGUCUACCCACUGAAGAAACUCUAAUGAAACGCCGCCGUGAUGUGCAAGAGAACAUGAUAUACUUGGACGAUGACACAUAUGAAUACAAGAUGGCAAGAGAGUACAACUGGAAUGUCAAAAGUAAAGCUUCAAAGGGCUAUGAGGAAAAUUAUUUCUUGGUUGUCCGUAACCAUUGUGUAUACUACAAUGAACUCGAGACACGGGUGCGUCUAUCAAAACGACGUGCCCGUGCAGGUGCCGCUGCCCAGGCUCUCACAAGACUGGUUGUAACACACAGGCCACUCAGUGCCACUGAACAUCGCAUGUUGAGACUCAGAGAGAAGCAACUGGAACCUCCACAAGAAGAAGAUGAGGAAGAAGAAAAUGAUGAGGAAGAAGAGGAAGACAAAGGAGAUCAGAAUGAGGAGAAAGAAAGAUCCAGGUCUCGUUCCAAAUCUGGAUCCAAAUCCCCACAGGGCUCUGAGAAGUCUAAAGGGUCGAACAGGUCCAGAUCAGGGUCUCGUGAACGAUCCAGAUCUAAGUCCAAAUCAAGGAGUCGCUCACGUUCGGGCUCUGGGUCCAGGAAGUCUAGGUCCCGUUCAGGAUCUGCGCAAUCUGGUUCUGUUAGAUCUGGCUCAGGGCGAUCUCGUUCGCGAUCCCGGUCUCGUUCCAAAUCUGGUUCACGAGCUUCAUCCCGCGCUUCUUCCCGUGCAAGCUCUAAGAGUGGGAAAGGCUCACGGGCUAGCUCCGGCAGUCGAGGCUCUAAAGCUAGUUCUAAAGGCAGCGAUAAGGGUUCCCGCGCAAGUUCUCGGGCAUCAUCCCGUGGCAGCAAGCGAUCCUCCCGGGCGUCAUCACGCGCGUCCCGGGCUUCGUCUAAAGCAUCUGGGUCUAAGGCAUCGUCUAGAGCCAGCUCGAAAAGACAUUCUGGGAGCGGUUCCGACAGGUCGAGAAGUCGAUCGGCUAGUGGUUCAAGACAAGGUUCGCGUAGUGGUUCAGCAUCUAGAGCGUCGUCUAGUCACAGCGAUUCUGAGUGA